UGCCUUAACAAAUAGAAUAGGAACAUGAACUGUUAUACCCGGUAAUGUCUUUUUAGAGUUUUUAAAUGUAACCAGAUCUAUUGGGGGUUUUACUUAUAAAUACUCAGACAUGUUAACUAUAUCACUUAGGGGUUGCUUUGGCCGAUUUAUACUCCGAGGGCAGAGCAUACUCUUGGUUGAUAAAAAUGACCCCUAGCGCUGAAGCAGAUUUUGUUACAUAGCUAACACUCUUUCGGUUUUCAUUUUAAUAGCGCGCAUGGUUUCUGAUACAGAGGGAGAAAUUUUUUUCCACACGGAAGUAAUGUAGUAUUGCCGAGAAAAGCUGUACUUUAAUAUUUACUGCGAAGGGAAGGCACAGCGCAGCACAAAUGGCAAUGGGUACUAGCCAAGCCACACAGCCAUUGGUCCUCAAUGGAGAUGUUUAAACUCAUGAUUUCAGUAAUGAAAAUCAAUCAUUUAAAAUGCUAUGUUUCAGUCAAAGACGCCCCUUGAAGAAUUGUCACUAGAAGACCAAGAAGAGCUUAGAAACUUAAAAAAGGAACUGGAACAAUUGAAGACGCAAUUUGAAAAAGCAGAUGCAGUAAAAUCCAGACUGCUGCUAGACAAACUAGACCAAGAAAAACAAAAGAACGAAGCUCAAGAUGAGAUGAUGGUGCUUGUUCAAGAGGAGAAGGACUUUUGGAAAGCGCUGGAAAAUCAAAAGCAGGAUUUGGAGCAAGAGGCUCUGGCAGUUGCGGAAACAAACCACCAACUGAGGCAUCAGAUCAAUAAACAGAAAGAAAGGCUUAAAUUCAUGAGAUCAGAAAGUGAAUCCUUGCAGCAAAAGUUUAAGGUCAUAGCAGCGAUUCUAGAGAAGGCGGUUAAGUUUACUGGAGUGGAAAAGGAGAUUCCUGAUCACAAGCUGGAGGAGGACUGUCUUCACAUCCAGGGCCAGUUCUCCAUCAUUGAGCAACCUACUUUCACCCUCAGUGGAGGCCAGGCUCUGAUCACCUUUGAGGAAGAGCAAGUUGCUGAAAGGAUCUUAAAACUUGCCAGAUGUCCAGUGACCGUAGACAGUGCGAAGAUGGAUGUGAAGCCUUCACGUGUGGCGUUAGACCCAACAGUGAAAUUUGAGGUGCAGCUCAAUAUGUCUCUGAAGAAGAUUGAAGUGUCCAAUAUUCCUCCUGUUCUACCGGAAGAAAGGAUCAGAGACAAACUGGAGCUGAGCUUCUCGAAGCCAAGCCUGGGAGGGGGGGAGGUGGAAAAUGUCGACUACGACAAGGACUCUGGAACAGCAGUCAUUACAUUUGUGCAUACUGGAGUUGCUGAGCGUGUGGCCAUGAAAAAAACAUACCCCUUCGAUAUUUCUGAAGUUUCUGUCAGUCUGUGCACUGAACACCAGAUAAAAAAGUUGCAGACAUUCUGCGGCACCUCCAGACGCACAGUCCUGCUGUCUGGUGUCAGGGAUAUUCUCGAUGAGGAGGACUUGCAGGACAAUCUGGAGAUCCACUUCCAGAAACCCAGCAACUACGGGGGAGAGGUGGAGAAUAUCAAAUACACCGCCCAAGGACAAACUACUGUGGCUUACUUUAAUGAAGAAACUGUAGCCAGAGAAUAAAAUUCAAGGACUGUGGGACAUGUCUAUGUGUUUCUCUUGCAUUAGCUGAGAGUUGAUUUUCUUAUUUAGAGAUCAGUAUUUUAUUAUAACUCUUCAUGUGUCUGACAGAUUCAAGAAAUGUAGUGUUGGUGGUAGUGGUUUAUGGAUCUAAUGCAAAAAUGUGAGUCAACUGAAAUAUAUCCAAAUAUGUUUUAUUAAUUUUUAAUUUUGUACAGUAAUAUAAAUGUGAAAUUCUUCCCACCAUUGCUCCUCCAUGUUCUAGUAGCUGACUGAUCUCAAAACAUUGUCAAGUCAGGCCUUAAAGGAUCCCAGUGAUUCAGCAUUCACAACACCUUGGCGUGCCUGUAGCCGGAGUGUGAGAGAGCAAUUGAGAUGGGUAACUGGGGAUUUGCUUUGUAGACAUUAAACUAAUCCCUGACUGGUCCCUCAAAAGAGUUCCUAUCAAACCCCUGUUUGAGAAUAGGGUCCUGUAUUAGUGUAUCAACAAUCAUGAUGACCUUUAUUGGGCAGUACAAAUAAAGUAAUCAUAUAUUGUAAUG